AUGGAGGGCAAAACAGAGAAUGUCGCUACCUCCCCUUCUGACACCGAGGAAAAUGUCGAACGAAAUUCCGAGGAAGGUGUCCAUGAAUAUACUACUGAAUACGACGACAAUAGUUUCUCAACUAAGAGUGUUCAAGACAAAUGGCUACUAGAACUCAUCGAAGCAAUCGAGGACGACAAUCUCCAGAAGGUGGGGGAGCUGUUUAACGACCGAGAAGACGUCAAUGUUAGAUUUGACUAUCAUUUUCGUGAUGACUAUGGUGAUAAUUAUGAGCAUUUCGAAAUUGAGGGCGUUACUCCUUUGAUACUCGCAGCAGCGUUAGGCAAACCUGACAUUGUUCAAGAGCUUCUAAAUCGAGAUGCAGAUAUUUCUGCCAAAACUUUCGAAGGCGAAACCCCCUUUUUCAUAGCUGCUAGGUUUGGGCACCUUGACAUUCUCAAAAUCCUCUUUAAGGGUGGAAGCCAUCUUCUUGAGGAAAGAUCCGAACGUGAUGGCGCAACAGCACUUCUUGUUGCUGUUUGGAAUGGUCAUUAUAAUGUCUUCGAAUUUUUACUAGACAAUGGGGCAAAUAUCACGGCGGCUACUUAUAGCAAGCUAACUGCACUCCACAUUGUCUGCAUGAGAGGAGACGAAAAAACUCUUCAAUUGCUUCUCGUGAAGUUAUCAAAUGCGGACAAUAAUUUCAGCACUUUGAAGGCUGUUCUCAAUCUAAAAGACGAUCUAUACCGGUUGCCAUUACAUUCCGCGGCAUUAUCAAAAAGUCCUUCAAUGUUUCUUCAAGUUUUGGAAACGAUACAAACGCUGUACUUUCCUUACUCCUGGGCCAAAGACGAAGUUUACAUCCCAGAUGAAAUAAAUGCAAUGUGGAUUAACUCGUUUCUUCUACGUCGAAUAUUGAGAAAAAAAACCCUUGAAGACAAGAUCAACCAGCAUAUGAAGGCAAUCAUGUACUGGGCUAUCCUCAAUGGCUCCGCGAGAAUGAUAGAGGAGUGUAAGAAAAUAAAGCAAUGGGAAAUCCAAAGGAACAAAUCAGAAGUGUCCUGGAUGCAUAUAGCUGCGUUAGGAGGUAAUAUCGACAUGAUGAAAUACUUCCUCGAGGAAAGGAACGGCAUACUAGACCUUGAUGAUGAAGGCGUCACCCCUUUACAUCUGGCAGUCAGGUAUGGACAUCUAGACCUAGUCAAAUAUCUUUUGAAGUGGCUAGAAGAACCACCCAGGAAUGGUUCGGAUAAUCUGAAAAUAGUCCUUGCCACGACCAAGGAGGGCGAGACACCGAUAUCACUGGCAGCAUCAGGAAGCACAGAGAAACUCAGGAAAAUCGAAGGUCUAUUGUGGGAAACUUUAAAUAAGACUAUCCGUGGAAAGAAAUGCUUUUUUGAGUCACCGUGUUCUAAAUUGUCAAACCUGGUGCUGGAAUUAGCGGCACAAUAUGAAGCCCCCCGAGAGGAGAUGCAUCUUCAUGGUUUUUUGCAGAUGAUUCCAGAAGGGGAAAACGCCGAAUCACUGGGUCUGAAAUUUUUGGGCCCCAAGCACAAGUGGAAUGCCUUACACCUAGCGGUUUAUCACCAACGUGCUGUUGUGGUUUGGUGGCUUCUCUCCAAUGGGGGAUAUAUGAACGAAAACGACAUCAAAAUUGGAAUCGAAAUUAUCAAGAAGCGGAACAAGGAGAACAAGGUGAUGGUGGAAUUGCUCUCCAAUCCUCCUCCAAUCUUGAAGCGCCGGGCGCCAAGAGACGACCACCAUCUGCCUGAAUUCCAGUUCCAAAAACAGGAUCACGAAUCGCCAGAGGGAAUGGUAGUCGGCUUCCAUGUUGAGAACAACCAAAUCGGAUUCCAGUUCAGGCGGCGUUCAAUCAAUGACUUAAUAUAUAAUGACGGGCCCCAGAAGAUCAUAAGGGAAAACAAGUAUAGCAGCCUAGAACAUCUCGUGGGAAAUUCUUCGAAAGAUACUGCGGAAAAUGAAAAAACCGAUCAAUCUAAAGAAUCUCAAAAAUUGGAUCAGAAAAAACCCAGUGCUACAUUGAUAUGGACCCAUAUUCCUCUAAACAAUUUGCGAUAUAUUGAGGAACUCAUGGUAAGAAUAUCCAGAGACAAGGAUAUCAAGAAUGAGACCCAUCGACCUUUGGCUCAAUUUGUACGGAGAAGUUGGACCCAGUUGUCCGCUGGCGAGGGAAAGCAUUACAUGAAGCCGCAGUGUAUGAGGGAGAACUCGCAACAGCCUGGCCCGGAAAACUCUGGUAAGAAUGCAGAGAAAAACAAUAACCAGCUUAAUAUAAACAUGGACGCCAAUGAAAAGCUUGCGCUUUAUAUGCCUUAUAUCUCUUGGAUGGACUGGCCCGAAAAUAAAGGCGACAAUGAAUCACGAGGAAAAAAAAUAAAGGAGGCCGACCAGGAAGCCAAGGAGCCUGACGGCGGUUCUAGCGAAAAAAAGGCCAAAAGACUAACAGAGAGCAACGAAGAAGACAAUAAUUAUGAAACUGGCAGACCCAAGAAAGACUCGUCCGAAUAUUUUACUCCACCGAAGCCAAACGUGGACGAUAUAGUCCAUAAUUUUAUGACACUCGAUCAAUACUACUAUGCUUCUCUUGACAACACUGCUGCUAGAGACAAUGACCAAGUAUUAGGGAGGUAUACGAAACGAAAACGAGAAGAACAUAAAGAGAAAGAGAAUAAGCAAAGAGAAGGAAGAAAAGAUAACAAAAAAGAGGCGAGGAAUAAAAUAGAUGAAGAGAAAGAGGAAAAACAAGCUGUAAAGAUACUUACUGUCAACCAGCUAUGGCUUUGGAUCCUUGACGAGAGAACGAUCAUCACCAGCACAACUAAACAGCCUGACGACGGUGAAAACAGUCUCUUGCAACAUGUUCUAAACGCCGUCAAGGAUCAAGAAAAGAAUACUUCAUCUUUCUGCGCCGGAUACUUGGCCGAGCUCAUCCUCAACACUACAACCAGUCUUUUCAGCAAGAGAGAGAUAAACGUAUAUGAAACUAAGACAUCUCCAUUGGAUGUAUUCCGUGAUACUAUUCGAGACAUACGUGACGUAGAAGCAAAUCUAUUCGAAGAAUUCCAAGCCUCCCUCAGCAAUAAUGAUGAAAAAAGGAAAUCGCAGUUAAACCUGUCGAAAACAAACAGUGCAGAACAUAAUUCAACAUCAUCAACUAAUGAUUUGACUCUUGAGGGCGACAAAUCCAAAGGCCUUUGCACUUUGAUUCGGGAUAACAUUGACUCGUUCUGGAAAACAAGGAAGGGUGACGACGAUUCAACCGAGACGAACCCCUACUUCGAUAUUACGAAGGAGACUGCGGGACUACGAGAGGUCAAAGAUAUCUGUGACGAGCUUAAUAUAUUGAAGGCUCUGGCCGAAGCUCAAGAACUGGUCUGGAAACAGGCCAUGUGUCUAAAAGACGACCAUCUUACUACGUUCAACUACGACACGCCCACAGAAAAGAAGGAGGAGAUUCAAGAAAUGAUCAAAGAGGCCGAAACUGUCCAAAAUUCCCUCGAGGCCCUGCUGGACUUGAAGCAGAAGCAGGCUAACAUCAGCGAAGCCAAAUCCGCGCGCGAACAGAGCCACGCAGCCGCCAAACAAGCAGACACCAUCAUGGUUUUCACAGCGGUGACGAUUCUUUUUCUCCCGGCAUCCUUCUUGACAAGCCUGUUUGCAUUGAAUAUUUCCAGCUUCCCCCAUAAAGACGGUGAUGUUGCUUAUGAAGGGCAAUGGAUCUUUCCAAUCAUAUUUGGUGGUUCCCUGGGAGUUUCGACCUUCUUCAUGGCGAUUGCUUUCGGGGCACACACAUUGAAGGGGCUUUGGUCAUACAAAAUCCGGAGUAAAUCGCACAAAGACCAAGAUGCAAACAGAAUCCCGCCAGUAAAGACACUCCACCCCGAUAAAACUAUCUCGACGAAUGAUAGUAUUAUAUAUGUUGAAGAAAGUGAUAUUUAA